GCCACGGUAGGUCAUUUUUUGACUUUUGGGUUUGAUUACCGCCAAGUGAUGUAGGGUUAUGUGUGAAUGAAUUUCAACGAUUUGUUUAUGUUUCCGACUAUUGUUUAGCUUUUAAUCUUGAACAUGAAGAAGUUCUUCACUGUGCUGAUCCACUCCUUGAUUUUGCAACUGUGUCAAAGCUCACUAGCUACCCAAAAUGUCCACUACUUGGAGCAGAACGAAGUUUUCAAAUUCAAUCCCAAUCCAUACAGCAACAGGCAGUUGUACAUUUACUGCUACCAAGGAACUCCUAAAUAUGUUAUACACGUCUGGCAAAGCGUACUGUUGAAGAUCGACCAUUCGACGCAAGAUUAUAAUCAAUUCGAUGGGAACACCCCCGAGCAAGUUCAGCAGGAAUAUGUUGAUCAACGCCACAGUUGGUCGAUCAACUUAUUUGCCAUCAAGUCAAAAAGCAUCAAGUUGAAUCCUUUUAACUGCAGCUGUGUUGGGAUCGAGAGUCGAGACGCAUACUCUGUGCAUCUUCAAGUAAUCCGAGUCGACUUGUGGAGAAUCCUUGCAGCUUCACUUGGAGUGAUGCUAUUUUUUAGCGCUGCUAGUCUUAGCCGGAACACCCUGUUCCACUAUUUGUGUGGCAUUUCGUUCGGGAUAUGCGCUUCGUUUUUAAUUUUAAUAUAUCUCAUCAGCAAACUGUUUCCCAGGAAAACGUUAAUGUAUGGCGUGAUUGGUGCUGGAUGGACGAUUGUAAUCUACUUCUUGCAAAUAAUGUGUGAUAACAUAAAACUCAUUACUUCCACUUAUCAAGCAUAUGUGAUCUGGUACACUGUCAUAACGGGAGCCAUUAGUUUUGUUUUGUGCUACCGAUGGGGUCCUGUCCAAAACCCUCGCACUAUCACCCUAAUAAAGUGGACCCUGCAACUGAUGGGUUUAGUGACCAUUUAUCUCAGCAGUUGUUUCCAAGAAGCAGCUAUGGGCCAAAUCAUCUUACUGCUAUUGAUGGCCGGUUUGCCGAAGAGAUGGUUAAAUGCACCUCUAAUGUAUUGGAAGAAGAAGUUUCCGCCGAAAGUAAAGUUGCUGACAAACGAAGAGUACUACAUGCAAGGGGUGAGCGAGACGACUAAAGCGCUUGAAGAAUUACGACAAUUUUGCUCAAGUCCCAACUGCAAUCAAUGGAAAACCGCUCUGAAAGUGAAAGAUGUGAAAAGGUUUGCGUCGUUCGUUGAAGGCAACUCGCAUCUUACCGAUGAAGAGAUACUGGAGUACGAAACUUCAAUACAAUACCGACCAUUUGCGGACGAGGAGGACAGCGUGAUAACCUCCGAUGAGGGCUGGUAGCAAACCUUAUUCUGAUCGCGCUAACAGCAACUACAGCCCUUGACGUGAGAACUAAUACUUGCACUAUUCGAUUUUUAAGACUGAAGAACAAUCUUCUGCUUGUAUGGCAUAAAGAACCGUUAUGUUAUCAAACCUAUGCAGUAGUUUCAAGCGCAUGGUGCCAAAUGAUCCAACGGACUCAAAUUUUGAUCGCAGAUUCUCUGAAUUACUUUUUCUCAAUCUCGAAAAAAACCUGCGGUUUUUGGUGGUACACACCACAUUCCUCCAGUUCCACUCGAAGAGCUGCAUGCGUUGCUCCAUAUAGUGCAGGAGUAUUUUGCAAGUCCGCGCUCCAGAAUUGCUUCACUGUUGCCCUGUUGGGCUUUAAGGAAUUGGGCCGUGGAUUUUGAGUACGCAUUCGAAACUGAUUAUUCUGUUGGGAGAUUGUUCACAUGCCAUUUUCCAUGGCCACUUUUUACAGUGUUUAUGUAUAUAUUUACACUGAAUUGUUUAAAAUUCAUCAUCAUAAUCAUCCUCUUCUUCUGAAAACACUCGGUUCUGCUUCGAAACACCUACGGACAAGUCUAGUUCCAUGUUGUUUACGGUCUCAUCAUCAAUAUUGCGUUGUUCCUAUUAAGAACAUGAUAAUAAAGUUUUAAUUACCAUUACAUUGAA